AUGGAUACACGCUUGACAAGUAUCGUCCAUUCAAGCGAGGAUUCCCAAGGAGUCGCCGGCACUAAAGAGAAACGAAACCCCGCUGGUCCUGUCAUCGUCUUGGAACGAAGAUCUUGCGACGUCGCGUUGCCCACCGUCGAGCUCCGUCGUUCAAGCCAACUCAGCCUCAGCAUGUCGGACCGCGUGCCUUCCGCAAGUCAAGCUCCAACGACGUCUACAAAGAACGACAUAGAGCACGUCGAGGUCGAGAAGGAAGCGUCCGUCAUUGAAGACGUUGUGAUCUUUGACAAACCGACAGAAAAGAUCUUCUUUUUGAAGCGGAUGGAAGAGGGGCGCCCCCACUUUGAUGUUCUUGUAGAAGUUGGACAGGGCCAGAUGCGGCUCAACGCCAAGCAGGCCGAGAUUGAGUACGCAAUCUGGGAAGCGAACGAAGAUCUUUUCAUAUACCGGCAGGCUGGGCCGGAUAUCCGGAUCCUACAAUCUCUCGGGAGCGUCGAGUAUCGUGGUGCCAAUGACGACAAAUACGUCAAGCACAAGUUCAGUAUCAAGACGUGUGGUUUUAUCGGGCACCGGGACGCGAACCGCCAACUGAAUAUCAUGAUGCUCGCGGUGAGCGGAAAGUCCUUUCUCCCCCACAGAGAGGCGGACAAGAAGGACUUUCUGCAUCACUGCAAAUGGCACAAACGUGUCAAAAACAUGGCCCGUCACCUGAACUUGAACCUGCGAACUUUUUACGACGGCGCAGGGAAGCCAAUGACUGCAGAGAAUUGCGGAGAUUGGCGAGCUGGUCACGUCGAAAAGAAGCUAGCCACUCACGUGGCUUACGCUAUGCUCAACUUCUAUGACAUUCAACCCAGCAAAAAGAAUGAUGUCUCGCUAAGGGACCUGGAUCAACUUCGCCAACAACUCAGAAGCAAAGGCUUGACACCGCGUUUCGAGAUACACCUCAGUCGAGGACCCUGUGGGACCUCUACGCGCCCGGGUCAAUGCAUUCCCUUUGAGAACAAUGUGAUACUUGAUGGCUCAGUGCCCCCCAAACCCAAGGCGAGACCUGUCAACGAGGAGCUGAGCGCUCUUCAUCAUCAAGCGAAUCUUGCCGGCCCCAGUCUCGAUUACGACAGCGAGGAAGAGGAUUUACGGAUUCACCUUGCCGAGGCCGAGGGUCGGGGGGACGACAUCGUUUACGAUGGAUUCGAGCCAGUGGAAGAUGAGCCUUGCACAUACAAUGCGCGAGCUACCGACGACCAUAACACAGCCGACACGACGUCGUCUCCGUUGCCCCAGCUACAUGUCCCAGCGGAAGUAGCAGCCAAGUUUGGCGAGAACUUGCGUCAGAAGUUUACUCGCAAAGAAAAGCCCGCCGCAGAUAGCAUCGACACAAGCACCGAGACUGCAAAGACCACGGAGAGUAUGGAGGAAAUCGAGAGGGAAUUAUUCCACAUUGAGCUCCACCGCGCUCCGUCGCAAAGUCAGUACUGGGAAGAGCCCGCUCCAAGCACCCACCAGGGACAAACAAGGACGCCACGAGCGGAUAAUACAAAACAGAGACGGGCUCGAAAGAUUGAGAAGAGGAAGGAGCGUGCUGCCGCCGCCAAGAUGGAGAAGAAACGAGCGAGAGCAAGUAAAAAGACAGAGGGCUCUGCUAUUGCAGUUCGUCUGGGGGCGCUGCUCAACUCCAGCAACCGGAUUGGUUGA